GGCAGAAUUCAGGGGCCGUGUUCGACUACUUUAACAUGUUAUCCUCCCUUCCUCCUACGCUCUUCUCCUUGAGGUUAUAAUUGAUUUGACAAAGUUUGAAAGGUAAAAUCAAUGUAGUGGGAACACUUCCUCUCACCUAUCUAAUGAUGUAAGAUCAGUGAUCGCCACAAGGAUGGAAAGAAGCAUUUUUAUUGUUCAAUCUCGAACACGGCCCAGUUCCUCUGAAAUGAGGGGGACUUGCGCUGCCCCCCUGCUCGCGCCCGCCCCAGCAGGCACCACCGAUUGUUGACAAAGACGCCGCGAGACGGAGAAGAGAGCCCGAGCCUUGGUUUUAAGCCACAGACCACCGGAGGACUACGGUUAAAGACCCCAUCCGUUUACGGAGAACGAGGAAGGAGCGCGAGCGUCUUGAAAACCAACCGUGUGGCCGGCUCGAGGCGAUUCGGUAAUACUGUCUUUGCUUUAAACAGCGGUCGGACCGGCGCGUGAAGAAGAGAACCUCCCCCGGCAAACCACAGCCACCUUUACAUACCCACACCGACAGAAUGAUCACAGCGGGCCGGGAUGGGUUGGUGUCGGUGUGAUUAACGUGAGGAGUCUUCAAGGAGUCUUCCAUACCAAGAAGAACCAGGAGGCCGGGGUCCAGGCGAGGUCUGGCCGGGCAUGGUGUGAUCUGAGUUGGGCAGCCAGUCUGGAUCUGACCGGUGACCACCCGUCCUUUCCCCGGAGCCUGCGUGGCCCCAAGCCGCGUCCAGAGCCCUCCAAGAUGGGGAAAUGUGACGGGAGAGUUACACUGGUGGCGAUAUGUUCACUGCAGCUGAUGGCAGCACUACAGAGACAGGUGUUUGACUUCCUGGGCUACCAGUGGGCUCCUAUCCUGGCCAACUUCCUCCACAUCAUGGCCGUCAUACUGGGGAUCUUUGGAACGGUGCAGUUCAGAUCCCGCUACCUCAUAUAUUAUGCGGUGUGGUUGGUGCUGUGGGUGGGUUGGAACUCCUUCAUAAUCUGUUUCUACCUUGAGGUGGGACACUUGUCUCAGGACAGGGACUUCCUGAUGACGUUCAAUACGUCGCUGCAUCGGUCCUGGUGGAUGGAGCACGGCCCUGGUUGCCUAGUAACGCCGGUGUUGGACUCCCGCAUCGCCCCUGACGACCACCAUGUCAUCACCGUCUCUGGCUGUCUCCUUGACUACCAGUACAUUGAGGUGCUGAGCGCAGCGCUACAGGUCCUUCUGGCUCUCUUCGGCUUUGUGUAUGCCUGCUACGUGAGCAAAGUCUUCCAGGAUGACGAGGAUAGCUUUGAUUUCAUUGGUGGCUUUGACUCCUAUGGUUACCAGCCUCCUCAGAAGACCUCCCACCUCCAACUGCAGCCCCUCUACACGGCCAAGUAGGUGAAGGGGGCGCCCCCAUCAGAUCACACCUCAGCGGUGAAGCUGAGUCGCCUUGGGAACAGAACACUCACUCUGUGUGUCACAGUACAACUGAAAGAUGGACUCACCUGUGUGUGUGUGUGUGUGUGUGUGUGUGUAUGUGAGACCGUGUGUGUGUGUGUGUGGUAACCGAGGGCAACUGACUGAUACCCCUGAGGUGAAUGUACAGAGGUCAGUGUGGAACCAGCCGUUCUAUGGGAAAUGGGGGAGACACUGGGCAUGAGAGGACACUCUGCACCUAUCGGCUCUCUGCACUCCUAGGACUCAGCGUGUUUGUGUAGCUCUACAGGACUAGCUGAAUGACCUCUGAACUAUUGUGGGAGGUGCCUCAAAGUCACAUGGCUCUUCAUGUUGUCGUUUUAGAAUGUGAUGAUGUCAUAAUAGAACAAUCGUACCCCCAAAUCCCAAGCUUGUCCCUAGUUCUGUUGUGACAGGGUGAACCUAUGUACUCACAAUCACAGCAAAAAAGCAGAAGCGGUUUUGUCGCGAUUGUGUUUACACCAGGUUAAGUGAUCUGUUAUGGACCGGUUAAGGAUUGGGCUUUAGUGUCUCUGGGGAAAGAUGUGGGGAUUCUGUGGAUGUAAAUAUCUGACUGAUUGGUUGUUGUUUUGUUUGGGGGUGGGGAGGGAGUUGCGUAGCCACGCCCCUUUACGUUUCUCCUCUCACCUUUUUGUCCUUGAUGACUAGAAAUGCUUCCUCCCUCACACACUACAAUCCUUUCUUCCUUCUGUUAUUCUCCCUCAACACUUCAUUCUCCUUUCUUCCUUAAAGAAAUCAUGGGUCUGACCUCAUGUUAUUGAUGAAAGGAAUACAAGGAUACUGAUUUAUUUCACCAACACAAUAGGUCAGAGUGCAUUUCUAGGUCGGAAAGGAUGAGGGGAGGAGGGAGGCUGUAUUUCUGAAGUGGUUUACCUGGGUAAUACAGACAGGUGUGUAAGGAGACAUUGGGGGUGGGUUGGUGAAAAUAAAGAAACUGUUUCUAAAUUAAA